UUUCAGCAAGCACAUUCGAUCAUGGACUGCCAGAUUGGAUCACGUCGUUGUGCCACGUGGGAUGAAAUCGAGGAUGCUCCACAAACCAAGAGGCUCCGAGAGGAUAAAGUUCAAGAAAACGUCCCCCAACAAAGUGUCCAGCCAGCACCACCACCACCAGCUGCUCAACAAGCUCCAGCUCCUGCCGAGCAACCAAAAUUCUACAUCUCAGCUCCAAUUCAAGGAUUUACCGUUAAUAACCAAGGCGGGUGCCGCUAUUUAUUUUUUUAACCAAAUCAUAUUAUAUGUCAUUUUUCUUUGUUGAUCUGUUAUCUAAAUAUAUCACUGCUUGUAUCGAUUACCUGUAUCAUUUUAUACAUUUUUUACGGAUUUUGUAUUGUACCCUGUAUUCCAAGUUUAUUAAAACUUUUUGUUAACUUCAAGACCAACAAGUGAAUAAAUUAGUUUAUUAUU